CCAUUUCUGACUCAUUUCAUGCUCCAACAGAAACCAAAGUGAGGCAAACAAAGUAACAUUUUCCAAAGAAGACAUCAGUUCAACACAGGCAGUAAAAUGUGGUUUAUAUUCCUUUUUCUCCAGGUUUUUGUUUGCUUGAAUGUUUCCUGGUCACAGACUGUAAACACUUGUGAAAUUGGUGUACUGCAUCCUCAUCUGUAUAUAAGUGGAAUACCUUCAACCGGUGCACCGAUCACCGUGGGACACAAGUUGCGUUUUCUCUGUGGUGCUGAUUAUCAACUGGAUGGAUCAAUGGAAAUUGAAUGCUUACAAAAUGGACAAUGGAAUCCCUCCUUUCCAACCUGCUCUGGCAUUCCUUGUAGACUUCCACAAUUGGGUCCUGGUCUUGGAAUUUCUGGAUUUGCACACAAAAAUAAUCUGGUGGAUUCUGGAAAUAAAGUACGAUUUUACUGCAGAGAAGAAUAUGACAUAGAGGGCUCUGUUGAAAUUCUGUGUUUAGAAACUGGAGAUUGGGAUGCCCCACUGCCAACCUGCUCAGAGAAAUGCAGAAUACCAAAUCAUUCAGAAACUGUACGCACCGCUUCAUCUGUGCCAGGCAAUGCUCUAGAGAAAGGAUUUCAGUUGUCAUUCAGUUGUGUACAAAAUGUACACAUCAUGAGAGGGAGUAAAACAAUUACUUGUUUGGGAAAUGGAAAGUGGAGCGACUCACCACCUGAGUGUGAAAGGGCUUUAGGUUGUUCAGCACCACCAUCUCUACCAAAUGGAGAAACCAGAGGCAUACGAUUACAUUAUGACCAUGGUGAACAGGUUGAAUACUUUUGCCGGGAUAACUAUAAUUUAGAGGGUGGCUCAUAUAAAACCUGUGAGAAUGGUGAAUGGAAAGGAGAUAUGCAAUGCUUUAGUUCACACUGCAGCCUGAAGUGA